UAGAGGUGAGAGGACCGAGCGUUUGGGGAAAGAGGGGUGGUAGGGAGAAAGAGAACGUACAGAGUCCAGCUGAGAAGGAGGUGGGUGGAUAGACCGUAGCAAGGAGAGGGAUACAGAAGGCCAGCAGGAAAGACCGAGAGGAAACUGGAGGAGGGAAGGGAGGGAAGAGGCCCCCUCUUCCCGGAGUCAGACCGGCCCAGCUGGGAGCGCCGGGCCCCUGAGGCUCGCUUUGGCCUGCGCGCCCAGAAUUCCCCUGGGGAAAGAGGAAGGCGCGGGGGGGGGGUGCCCACCGAGAGCCCGAGGGGGACUUAGAGGCGGCCCACCUCCCCUUCACCGAGAGAGGGGCUAAACCUUUCACCUGCACCCCCGACACCAACCUGGUAGCCUCCUUUGUUGGCAGACGGAGCUGUGAUCCCGGACGAGUGGUUUUUCAGAGUUUAUAAAUUCAACGUCUUUAUUUCGUAAGCAGCACAGACACCAACAGAAGUUACUUAAAAGCAGAGAACGCCAACUUUGCGCAUUUAGGGAAACACUGGAGCUUCCUGGGGUGUCUUCAUUUCCUGAGCCGUGUCCUCAGCUGUCAGGAUGCCAGCGGCUGUUCUUUUUUUUCCUCCCCGCCCCACCAGCCCAGUGCUUCUUGGCUCUGUUUGCCACUGAGAGGCUGAAGCCUUUAACUUUGGUCAGGAACGUGUGAACCUUGGACCAAACCUGCCAUUUUGGGUCUCAGUGCAGUUUCCUUCGAGCCUGUAGUAUCCAGGAAUGCCCUUUUACUCACGCAUGACAAAGAAUUUAGCACCCGUGGUGUCUGGUACUGAAGGAAUCUAAGAGAUAGAUGACUGCAGCACAAUACAUUAUCCAUAUUUGGAUUAUUAGGCACCGUCUGUGCUGUGACUUCAUAUGGGAAGACGUCCCUUGAUACUUUCCUUAAUACUUGCUUCAGUCAGCCUCCCCGAAGCUUUCAGUCAACGGCUAGGCGGAGAGAUGGCUGGAACAAGGGAAUGGACUUGGAUUGAAGGUUUAGCUGGGAAGAAAUUUACAUGAGGGCAACUAAGGCGAUCCUCCUGGUUCACUGGCUGCUGGCGAUCUGGGGCUGCAUCGUGUUCCCGGGCGCCUACGCGUGGUCCAACUUCACCAUCCUGGCUUUGGGCGUGUGGGCCGUCGCGCAGCGGGACUCCAUCGACGCCAUAAGUAUGUUUCUGGGUGGCUUGGUGGUCACCAUCUUCCUGGACAUCAUCCACAUCAGCAUCUUCUACCCAAGGGCCAGCCUCUCGGACACAGAGCGCUUCAGCGCUGGCAUGGCCAUCGUCAGCGCGCUCCUCAAGCCGGUCUCCUGCUGCUUCGUCUACCAAAUGCACCGGGAGCGCGGGGCUUUCCUUGGACCCUCACAGGAUCACAGUGCCUACCAGACGAUUGACUCUCCAGAAGCCCCUGCCGACCUGGAGAGCAGGGCUCACGUCCCCCAAGGAUACUGAAGCCAGCCCUGCUGCACCUGGCCCCAGCCUAGGGGCCAGUUUGACAAACUGUGGGGAGGGGUGGGAGGAGGCUGCAUCACCUUCUUGGUGCCUUGGAUGUCAUCCUCGGGGCGCUCCUGUCCCCCCACCUUUCUCAGAACUAAUGUGGGAUGUGCCUUCUGGUUCCCCAUCUCAGGGGUUGCCUGAAUCAAGUGCCCUGAGAGGCCAGGAGCCCCUGUGCACACCUGUCCCAAACUCCUCGAGGCCUCUCCUCCCUCCCAGGCAUCCCACUGGUGCCAGGCUGGGAACUGUGGUCGCUUUUGUCACCUCUACCCUUAGCUGCUCCGUGCAGGCCCUGGGUCGAGCCGUGCCUGAGCCUGGCGGGGUCAGGCCUCUAAGAGCCAGUGAUGCCCCUACCCCACGCCUCUCCCGAAGUUGGCCAAGCCCUCCCGCAGGAGCUCUGAGAGCUUCUGAUCACACUAAGCCCCAGGAGUGCAGGGGUGAGGACCCACGGCUUCUCACUGCCUAGUCACUUGGGGCCCAGGACCCCAUCACUGGAGGCUGGUGGUGUCUGCAGCCUCAGAGGUCCGCCACAGCCUCCAGCUGCCCUUCUCAGAGCCAUGGCAUUAAAGUUCAGGGAAUCCUCUAGCUGAGUGUGUUUUGAGCCACGUUUAAUCUCCCGUCAGGGCUGGAGCCUGGACUUGCCAUUCCUGGGAAGAUUCCGGCGAAUCCCCAGGGCACCAGGCCUUAGGUGCCCAUUCUCUUGUGGCAGGAGGAAGCAGGGGCUCACGACCAGCUGGGCCUGCUCUGUGCUCAGCUCCAGCACAGCCGAGGCCCCAGCAGAGGAGGGCACUGUUCAUUGCGGCAAAUGGGUGUCCGUUUCUCCGAAUUCAGAUGGCUCAGGUAUUGGUUUGAAUCCUGCCCUGCCCAUGACUGUGUGCCCCUCAGACCCCCGUGUCUGCUGGAGGAGGGCUAAUGCCUGCCCAGAGAGUGAUGGUGCAGCUGAAAUGCACGGUGCCUGGCCCUCGGGAGGGCUCCCUGCGUGACGGCAAGGUUGUCGGCGGGGCUGUUCCUUGAGCCCAUGAUGAUGUUGGGUGAGUGGGCCAGGGGCGGUCUGCUCCUGGCAGACCCUGUGUCUUGGCCUCAGAGCAGACGGGGACACCUGUCCAGAAGCUUCAAGGAUCCUAUGGCCAGGGCCCUACCCCACUCCCACUGGGAUGGCACUGACCACCGGACCCCAGGUACCUGGGCUCUUUCAGGCCAUCCUGGCUCAUCCCCGGCACAAAGAGGUCAAGGCCUGGUGCACAGUCCCCUCCCCCCAUUCUUCUAUAUCCAUCCAUCCAAAGAAGCUGAGUGCCUGCCACAUGCUGGAGCUACAGGGGUGAACUCAGGUCCUGCUCUCGGGGGGGAACAGGCAUUAGGAGUCCUCUGUCAGGUGGCGAGAGCCCUGGAAGAAGGAACAUGGGCCUCCGGGGAAGGGGCUUGUGCUCUGGGGCCAAGGGAUGCUGGGUGGCUGAAGCUGUGGAAAACCGGGAACAGCCUCAUAGUCAGACGGGGGCGGACAGAUAAGCCGUGGUCCAUUCAUUCUAAGGAAUGCUGUUAGCAGUUCAAAUGAAUAAACCAGGCCUAUUUCUAUCAA